AUGGCCACACUGCUGCUUGCAGCAGGCGAGGCGGGGCAGAGGCGCUCGCUACCCAACGCACGGCUCAUGGUGCACCAGCCAUCAGGGGGCGCGCAGGGGCAGGCCACUGAUAUCGCCAUUCACGCGGAAGAGAUUAUCAAGACUAAGGCCCGGCUGAACGGGCUGUAUGCCAAGCACACGGGGAAGGAGGUUGAUGUGAUUGCUGAGAGUAUGGAGAGGGACCGCUUCAUGAGCCCGACAGAAGCACUCUCGUUUGGGCUUAUAGACGAGGUGAUAGACAAAAGACCUGCAGCAUUGGUCACAGAUGGUGUCAAGUGA